AUGGGGGUUGUUAUGUUGGAAUGUUUGUCUGUGUGCAGAUGCAGCCUACUCGUUGUUCACUUGACGGUGAUGAUGGAUUCACGUGGAACCGAGUCAGGGCCCGGAUCGGGCGCGCACAAAAACGACGCGACAGGAAAUGGAAGGCCUGCUCCCCUUUUGGCAGAGCCCAGAUACGGUGCCGCGCCUCAGCCAUACGGAUCCACGCCACAGGUUACUUUUCCCCCAGGUGCUGGCCAUGAUCGUUACGAGGAGAAUUUCAACGGGCCGGCGACGUACGCGGAGCCGUACGUCGAGCGUUAUGGCAUUAAGAGCGAUUUCGGCAGCCGGGAGCCGUUACAUCCCACGCCACCUCGGCCAGGUUACGUGCCCACAUUGGGACAGACACCGCCAUCGAGCACGCAGGGCUCCGUCAUGAUGGUCUACGGGCUCCAGCCGGAUAAAGUCAACACGGACAAGCUGUUCAACUUGUUCUGCCUCUAUGGAAACGUAACGAAGGUGAAGUUCUUGAAGACGAAAGAAGGCUGUGCCAUGAUCCAGAUGGGCGACAGCAUAGCCGUGGAACGUUGUUUACAGAAUCUGAACAACGUGACGAUCGGUACGGACGGAAGAUUGCAACUCGGCUUCUCGAAACAGGCUUUCCUCUCGGACGUCACCAAUCCUUACAUUCUGCCCGACAAGACAGCGAGCUUCAAAGAUUUCACGGGAAGCAAGAAUAACAGGUUCCUAAAUCCAGCAAUGGCCAAUAAGAAUAGAAUACAACCACCCUCGAAGAUAGUCCAUUUUUUCAACACGCCCCCGGAUUUAACCGAGGAAACCGUGCAUCGCGUAUUCGUGGAACGUGGCAUCGAAGCACCAACGACGGUGAAACUGUUCCCCCUUAAAUCGGAACGAUCGUCGUCCGGCCUUAUCGAGUUCAGCAGCGUCGGAAUCGCGGUAGCUGCCAUCAUGGAAUGCAAUCACACAGCACUGGAAAACAGCAACGGCAAAUUCCCAUACAUCAUGAAACUGUGCUUCUCGUCGUCGCGCACCAUACCGACGAGCUUCCCGCCGAGCAGCGGCAGCACGUCGAGCAAUUCCGCCGGUAAUGGCCACGUCAAAAUGCAGCAGGACUCGGAAUAGAACGGCGAGGUCCAGGGCCAGCAGCGUCAGCGUCAGCGCCAGCGUCCCUCUCUCGCCCUGCACCCGUUGUGUGCCCCGACGGGCACGGCCCUGCACCCAGCCGCAGCGAUUACACUCUCCCCGGUCUUACCGCCGCCCGUGCCGCCUCCCUUGCCGCCCACCUGCGUCCUGAUCGCCACCCCGACUCUAUAUCCUACCGUGCCACCACCGCCACCGCCUCCGUUGCCUACGUUCUGGCCGUACUGAUGAGAGAGGAGCAGCGGGCCUACUCGCCGGACGAGGUAGCCACCACCACCACAACCGACAAAAACCACACCGAGACAACACCACCUCGUCCAGUACCUAUCGAUUCUGCUGUUUCUUCUACCACCACUGUUACUACUGCUGCUGCUGCUGCUGCUGCUGCUGCUACCGUCAUACUCCUCUUCUCCUCGUUCUCGCCGCGUGGUGACAACGCCUGACAACAACGCCUGAUGAUCAGACAUAGACACACACACACACACACAUAUACACACAUACACACAUACACACACACACACUGCUGGUUGCUGAAAGAAUCAAUCGGUUGCGUUCAGCAGAAGAACUGAUUGUAACACGGAGCUGGGAGAUACAAUGACGAAUGCCGCGGCAGCGGCGGCGGUGGCGGCGGUGGCGGCGGUGGUGGCGGGAUGGAACGUGGCACGAAACACGGGGCCGCGCGAAAGUCAUCGAGGAUCGUCCGCACGACUGGAUAAAAAUGGAAAA